AUUUUAUUGAUUUUACCUACAUUUCAGAUAACCAAAGGUUGAAGAAAUUGAUGCUUCAUGAAUGAUAAGACGUGGAUUAGCAAGAAGAGGAUCUAGAGUUAGAAGGAGUUGUCUUUGCAAGGUGGGGAGAGUAUGGAGGAAGGUGGACCAGCUGAAGGGAAGGAUGGAAGUCAGAAUGAAGACAAGGGCCCAGAGGGUGCAGAAGGGACAGUGGAGAGUGCACAAGCCAAAGCUUGCAGUUCUAAUGCACAGAACAGCAUAGACACAAAAGGACGGGAAGGCAGGGAAGGAUACCCCUUACACUGGCAUGUCUGGCACAAUGACUAUCGCAAUUUGGAAACUGAGCUUGCUUCAGGAAAGCAUGAUAAGGAAUUAAAAGACUUCAGAGGGCGCACACCUCUCAUGCUUGCUGUGACUCUUGGACACCUUGAGGCCACAAGAACACUCUUGAAGUACAACUGUAAUGGGAAUGUUGAGAAUGCAGAUGGAUGGACAGUUGUGCAAGAAGCAACAGCCACUGGUGAUCCUGAAAUCCUGAAGGUGGUGUUGGAAGGUAGAGAUGUGGAGCGCUAUUCCUCCCGAGUUGCUGGGAUACCUACGCUCUUGGAAAAGCUCAAAGAGGCUCCUGACUUCUACGUGGAAAUGAAGUGGGAAUUUACAAGCUGGGUGCCUUUGGUUUCACGCAUGUGCCCAAGUGACACCUACAAAGUAUACAAGAGUGGGUCCAGUGUGCGUAUAGACACAACACUCCUAGGAUUUGAUCAGACUAGCUGGCAGAGGGGGAACCGCAGCUAUAUUUUCAAUGGCCAAGUUGAUGGAGCUACCAUGAUGGAGGUGGAUCAUGAGACAUGUCAGGUGUAUAUCGAGAAUAUGCGUACUCUUACAACAGAGCAGGCCUUAGCAACCAUGCGACCUCACCCAGCAAUGGUCUCCCAUAGGCUGACCACCCCUAUUGCUACCACAUAUGUUGACACUGAUAAGAUAAGUUUUGAAAGAGAUAAAGCUGGGAUAUGGGGAUGGAGGAGUGACAGGACAGAGAAUGUUAAUGGCCACGAUUGUAAGGUAUUUUCUGCGACAAAUGUAGAACUUGUCACCAAGACCCGAACAGAGCACCUGACAGAUGCAGAGAAGGAGAAGUCACUACCUCGGAGUCCUCUACAAUCAUUCCUCAACAUUGCAGAGGUUGAAGAGAAACAGAAUUCACCUUCGUCUUCAGAAGAGAGUGAAUCCUACAACUUUAACAACCCAACUAAUAUCACUGCAGAGGAAUAUUUCAAUCCAAAUGUUGACCUUCAAGGCAGGGAUAUUGGUCGUCCUAAAGAGGUUGUCAAGAAGGUACAAAACUUCAAGGCUCACUUGUGGCUAGCCGAGGAAUAUCCGCUGAAGCUCCAGGAACAGGUCAUGCCCAUUGUGGACCUCAUGGCUAUCACGUCAACUCACUUCGCUAAGCUAAAGCAUUUCAUCCAGAUGCAACUCCCCAGUGGCUUCCCUGUCAAGAUUGAAAUCCCACUCUUCCAUGUUCUGACAGCAAGAAUUACCUUCGGAAAUAUUUUUGGAGUUGACGAAAGUGUUGAUAAAGUGUCUACAGUAAAGGAAGAAGAUAGGGUAACUUGUGUAAUAGAUGAGGCUGUCUUCGAGCCACCGCCAAGCUACACAAAAAUAGGUCACUCUGACCAGCAGCACCUGCAGAUGAGCAUGGACGAGGACGAUGCCUUGCUACAAUAUGCUAUUCAGCAAUCCUUGGUAGAGGCUGGCACCGAGCAGGACCAGGUAGACAUCUGGGAGGCGCUUCAGGCCGACCAUCGCCCCGCUCCAAGAGUGCCAGGGUGUAACUCCAGGUCAGGGUCAUCCCCAAAUACUCCCGCACACCUGUCACUACAAGCAGUAGAAGAUGCACAGUUGCAGAGGGCCAUUGAGGAAUCUUUAGCUUUGAGUAUAGGUGUGACAAACAUCAGAAGAUCCCAGGAGGAGAUAAGUAGCAGUGAGAAUGCGGAGGUAGCUGUUCCAGGGGGACUGGCCUUGACCCCUGGAGGUAGCAUCGUGGACUCAGAAAUGGCUAUGGCUCUGUCACUGUCCCAACAGCAGCAGGAGGAGGAGGAGGCUCGUAAAAGGCAAGAGGAGGAAACACUAAAGCGCAUCCUGGAGCUCUCCCUCACAGAAAAAUAAUGCUGGGCAUGUUGUAGACCACACAAACUUCUUUAGAAAUUGGUGAUGGGCUCUGUUGCAGAUAAGUGAAAAGAGAGAAUUAGCAGUGAUUCUUUUCAGAAUGAAUUGGUUUAAGUAAUUGUCAAAUAAAUUGCUGUCAUAUAGAUUUUUAAAAAAUCAUUACCAGUUCACUGAAAAGGAUCAAAGUAGAAAUGUUUGGUGACAGCAAUAGGGAAAAACAGAGACCCAAGAUGGAGAUUUUGAUAUUUGAUUAUAGAAAAGAAAGCAAUUUGUAAGUUGUUUUAGCCAUGGUGAAAGAUCCAUGAUGACUUAUAGUGCCUCUUCAUAGCAUCUUUGUAUAUCAGGAUUAUUUCUUUAAAAUGACCCUGAAAUCAUGUAGUGAAGUUUUUGCACAUGCAUUUAUGCUUUAUUUAAAGCACAAUAUAUUAGUAAAGAAUGUAGCUCACGUCUUCAUACUGCAUUUGAGCCGAUUGCUUGAAGUUAAUAGGUACUGGAUUUUUUCAAUUUGAUAGGCAUUUUAUAAUGUGAUACAACUUGGAUGCUUUAAGCAUAGCAGUUAAUAUGUCUAAAUUUGUUUGUCUUGUACAUUAUUCUGAUUCUUUGAAGAUUGGAUUUAAUUUUUUUUUUCUGUAAAUGUGCAGCUUGAGCCUUGGAUGUAUUGUAAGUGACAGUUCUGAUAUCUAAUAUGAUGAGGAAACUAUAUCCUGUUAGUAAUGUGGGACUACAGUCUUCGGAACUUUCUUAAUUGCCUGGUUGCUUGUUAUGCCAACUUGGUAGAGCAUUCAGAGUUUGAAUGUAAGCCUCUUGACCACUUUUCUACCUGUUUCAAUGAUCUUGGUAUGUGUUAGGUUAGUACAAAUAUCAAAAUAGAGUAAUGGUUCAGCACAGAAAAUCAGAUAUGAGGUAACUGAAAGUCUGGAAGAGCUUUGGAGAAUGUAUAGCACACUUAUGACAGCUCAUGUGUUCUGCAGAUUCUUGUAUGGUGUACAUAAAUGUUAUUGGAAGAUCAGCAACUCUUAGACUGCAUUCCAUCAUCAUCAGUGCCCAGUACACCACUGUCUUGCUGUGGCCAUAUCACAAAUGUUUAUAGAUUUAAAGUCUUCUCUGCAAUAGGCCGAUUGGAUUAUUAGCUUAAUCAAGGGUCAUGUUGCUUAAUCUUGAACAACACAUUGAGCAGAUUUUUUGGUUGACUUAGCCAUGAAUCUUAAGUCCAGGGAAAUUUAACUUGUUUCUCCACUAAGCAUAUCAAGAGUUUACAAGUAAAAAUUCAGGGAUUGCUGUUAAUAUUGAAAGAUUACAAACAUUAUUGUCUUAAGAUGCAAGAGAAAUAUCACUGAUACAGGGUAAAUUUGUAAUUUUGCACAAGUUAGUAAUUGGAAGGAAUUGUCAGUUUUAUAACAUUAUAGUUCAUAACAUCAGGGUAAUACUAUCAUGAUGUUUAUGCUUUAGUAGAGUGGAAAACCAGUGGAUUUUGUCAUAAGAGACAGUAUCAGCUAAAUAGCUAAGCAAGAAGCAGAGGCAGAUGUUAAGCUGUUGUAUGAAUGUCUAUAUAUUUUUUUUGUAUAUGUGUGGAAGUAUUGGUAAUAUGUCAGUUAGUAUAUUUCUACAAUACAGAAUUUGAUACUGACUGCAACUAUAAUUACAGGUAGUCUUGCUUUAUAAUUUUUGAUUCAGUAAAAAAUAAAUAAAUGAAUAAAUAAAUGAAUAUAUAAAUGCUCAAUGCUGAGAAUAUGGAUAUGUCAUGAGAUGCAAAUGAGAUGGAUGCUGUUAGGUUUAUCAAUAUUUCUUUUCUUUCCAAAGGCAACAAGCUACACUUUUUUUAAUUUACAACAAGGCAAUAGGAGUGAUGUAUGUUUCUCCUCUAUUUCACAUAGUGAAUAAAGCUUUCAACAUCAACAACAGCAAAAAGUGUUUGACAAUAUUCUACAGGAAAUAUAUUGCUCAUUUUACUGUGUAUAACCUAGGAUUAUCUGUUCUUUUUGAUGAGUCUGGACUUGGCGAACCUAAAUUUGACCUGUAGGCCUGUAAUUUGCCAGUUUUGGGAGUCUCCAAACAGCAUAAUUUUGGCAAGGCUAGCUCCAUUUACAAAUACUUUGACAAGUUGUCUUCUCAGUUGAUGUAGUCAGUUCAAAUGAAGAAGAGCAGUUCUGUUGCUCCAAUAUUCAGUUGUGGUUCAGAUUUUAUGGCUUGAUGAAAAUGAUGGUAAUGAAUCCCUGAAAAAAAAUGUGUACAUAUACAGGAAAAUCAUUGAGAAAAGAAUGUGUGUGCUUCUAUGUAUGAUUUCAGUUUACAGAAUGAAAAAGUGGUUCUGGAACUGUUCUCUUUUAAUGAAGCUGUACUUUACUUUGAUUCUGCAUUUAUUUUUCCUUUUCAAGCAGGAAUAAGAAGAGUUUAUUAAAGUGGCUGAACUGAUAGAUAGUGUAAUAUGUCAUUGAUGUUUUUAAGUACAGUGAUAAUGCAUGGUAUGUAAUUCACUGAAACUUGUAGUGCAUUAUUUUGUUAAUGAUGUCGAUAGUUACUGAGGAACAAUAUUGACUUGUGAUGUUCUUCUUUUCUUACUGCAGGAAGAUUUGAUUUUGAUUCAGAAAUUUUGUGUAUGUAUGUCAACAGGAUAUUUUAUCUGCAAAAUAUUUUUACAUUUAAGAGAUACUUAAAAUGAUUUAUAAUUAUGUAUCUUCUGACAAACCAUGAUACCUCUACAGAAAGGAGACAGUAUUUCACAUAUGCAAAAAUAUGAAAUAGUACUCCCUUUUUCCUCCGGUGUGUUGUUUAUAACCAUUGGACUUAAUUUUGAGCACAUAUCACUAAUCUGUGUAAGAAAAAAAAAAACAUAAAACAGAAGGAACUCGUGCACCCAAUAUGAAUAUAUUUUCACAGUUACACUUAUGUGGAUGUAAAGUUUUGAUGCUUUUGCAGUCUAAACCAUUUUUUGUAUCUUCUGAAAAUGUGAAUUCUUUGUUUUGUUUUGCAGAUUCAUGUCCAUAUUAUUUUGCUUCAUUGUUUUUUCCUACAUCUUGGCUACCCCUAAAGCAAGCUAAGAAAGACUGUGAUGCAUGUACGCAUAAAUAUAUAUAAUAGCAGGCAUGUGACUUGUUAAAAUCUUUGAAAUUAUAGAAUCAUAAGCAAAAACACCGAUGGUUACCCGGCAUCUACAUUCACAUCUACAUUCACGUCCACAUUCACGUCAACAUUCACAUCUACAUUCACAUCUACAUUCACAUCUACAUUCAUGUCUACAUUCACGUCUACAUUCUCGUCUACAUUCUCGUCUACAUUCACGUCUACAUUCACGUCUACAUUCACGUCUACAUUCACGUCUACAUUCACAUCUACAUUCACGUCUACAUUCACGUCUACAUUCUCGUCUACAUUCUCGUCUACAUUCUCGUCUUCAUUCUCGCUUAUAUUCUCGUCUACAUUCUCUCACACACACACACACACACACACACACACACACACACACACACACACACACACACACACACACACACACACACACACACACACACUGUAUAUCUUUAAAUGAUCCUUAAAAGAUAAAUUGUAUAAGGCUCAUUUUAGUCCACAGCGGUAGAGUUGGUUUGGGGCCACAGGAAGUACCGCAUGGAAGAUGCAAGGAGUCAUGUUGUCUGUUUUCCUUUGCCAAUUACUGACCAGUUUUUGUAGGUCUGUGUUGUAUGUUCUCUACUGUAUAUUUGGAUGUCAGUUUUUGCUUUGUUGAAAGAGGAAAAGGUAAGAAUAAGUUAUUGAAUAGGGAAAUCUGUGAAUUAAUAGUAUUUGAACUUAUAUUUCAUUAUAUUGUAUUUCUUUAAAUGUUAAGGAAACAAACUUCAUAAAGAUAUAGGGAAGAUAAAUUGAUAUCACAUAAUCUUUAUUGAGGAUUUUACUGUAAUAUUACUGUGAUUUUGUUAUAUUGUGUUAUACAAAUUUUAUUAUUAACUAUUGCUGAUGUAUGUGGUAAAAAGUAAAGUAAAUUCUUCUUUGCUUGGUGUUUCAAAAGAUAUUUGUCAGUGAUUCUGAAUAUUGGUGAUAUACAUAAAAAGUUGAAUAGACUAGGAAUGGGGGAAUCAAAGUAAGGAUGUCUGUCUGUCAUCCUUCCACUCUCUGAAUUUGUCUUUCAUUCCAUAUCAGUCAAAUAUAUAUUUCCAUCUGCAUCCUCUCCUUUUAAAAUGUACUUACCGUGAACCAGUAUAUCUGAAACAUGUACUUAACUCGUUGUAGGAUGUAUUGGUUUAAUUAGUUCCUAAUGUGAAAUGUGUUGAAAUUUGGCCAUGGUGGAUGAGAGGCAAUAAAUCUUUAUUUUUCACAAAUAUGUCUUAGUUUAUUUUGAGUGCUAUAUACAAAAGGGUUAGACAGAAACUAGAUAUUUCAACUUGUUUUAUUUGUUCAGAAAUUACCUGUGUCUGCUGUUUACUUACUGAAUGUUCGAUGAAUUUACUGUACCAUGUAUGUGUUAUUGUGGAUAAAGAAUUUCCUUUUUUUUUCUCAAAUUGAAGGCAAACUGGAGAAUUUUUUUUAAGUACUAAGGGAUCAUGUGACAUUUAAAGAAUGUCAUUUGUGGAAUUUUCUUUUGACUUAUUUGUACAUUCUCAGAAAAAUGCCCACUUAUGUUUAAAAGUACUACCCUAUAUAAUCUGUGGUCAACUUACAGUAUAUGACAAACCACCCCACUAAAUACUAUACUGUAGUGUAUAUUAUAUGGUGAAUAUAGAGUGUGAUGAGACUAAUUUUGAAGUUAGAAACCAUGUGUACAUCAGAUGCAUAAUGUUUUAUUAGAAAAAAAAAAAAAAAAUCUGAAGAAAAAUCUUAAAACAUCAUUGUGUGUCAGGGCAUAAAAACCCCUUUGGGUUAGACAUGAAGUUUUGCAUACAUGGUGUAUCAACAUGAGGUAUUUACACAGGAAAGUAAAUAUCUACCAUAACCCUUUCCAUGAGGCAUAAGAGAGACCAUGGUUUGGAAUUAUUCACCUCAUGGUUCAAAGUGUUAAAAUGCUUCCAACAGCCUGGUCUUGAAAUGUAGACAGUAGACGAUAUGUGACAGGGGUUUGUAAUAAAAAUAAUCAUUCGCAGUUGCCUUUAAGUGAAGCAUCUACUGCCAAAUAUACUCAACCUUGAUAGAG